AUGAUUCAUUUUCUUCUCUCUUUGUUAUCAACCGAUCUAUUGAUAACUUAUCCUUAUUUUCGAUUAUCCUUUCAAUCUGUCGGUGACCGAAAUCAUUUUAAAUAUGUCUCAAUCGCUGACAUAACCCAUUUCCCUCGUCUUUUUGUCAAACAAUUUUUAACUACUUUUACUACUCUUUUUCUAUCUAUCACUUUCUUGUCUCAUUCAUUUCUUACUCUCCUUCUAUCUGUUACUCUAUCUAUUACUAUUUUUUUCUCAUCCUAUCUAUUUUUCUAUCUAUUACCUCAUUCUUUUCUGACUGUCAUUUUAUUUAUCACUCUAUUACCUCACUUUUUUUUCUUUUUCUUGUUCUGUCUAUUCUAUUGCCUUUUCUCUGGCUCUCGUUUUAUCUAUCGUUCUAUCUAUUACCUCACUUUUUUCUUUUUCUCAUUCUAUCUAUCGAUCUAUCCUUUUUCUGACUUUCGUUCUAUCUAUCUAUUAUCUCACUGA